AUGGCGCCUGGAGCCCCCGAAAUUACCGUCAACAGCUUGACAUACACCUUCCCCGACUACUCCACCGGAGUGAAGGACAUCUCACUGGCCGUGCCACCAGGGUCGCGCACCCUCCUCAUCGGCGCCAACGGUGCAGGAAAGACCACUCUUCUCCGUCUCCUAGCCGGCAAGCGUCUCGCACCCGGUGGCAGCAUCAAUGUUUCCGGCGUAGACCCUUUCAAGGACAGUGUGGAAGGUGUGACCUACUUGGGCCUGGAGUGGGUGCUCAACCCCAUUGUGCGGACCGACAUCGGCGUCAACGAGCUUCUGCGGUCCAUCGGUGGCGAUGCCUACCCUGAUCGCCGGGACGAGCUGGUUCACGUGCUGGACAUCGACACCGAGUGGCGCAUGCACGCUGUCUCGGACGGUGAGCGUCGUCGCGUCCAGCUUGCCAUGGGUCUCAUCAGACCCUGGACGGUAUUGCUCCUGGAUGAGAUCACGGUAGACCUGGACGUUCUGAGCCGAUCGGAGUUCCUGGAAUGGUUGAAACAUGAGACCGAGAUCAGGGAGUGUACUAUUGUAUACGCCACGCAUAUCCUGGAUAACCUUGCUGGUUGGCCCACACACCUGGUACACAUGCAUCUGGGCACCGUCAAGGAGUGGGGUCCGACAGAGAAGUUCUUGGAGGACACACAUGGUACCAGCACGGGUAACAGUCAGCUGGGCGAGUUGGUAUUGGGAUGGCUCAAGUCAGACCUGAAGAAUCGCGGCCCCAGAAAUCAUGCUAAGCUGGGAAAUGCGGGCAGGGCUUACAUUCCUGAUGGAUUUGGUGGCUACGGUGAUGAAAGCACCGAGUCAAAGUAA